AUGGCACAUGGCAUUGAUGUUCAGGGUGGAAUGGUUGGUGACUUAUCCUUCAUGUGUCCUGAAUUCAUGCAGUCUUUUCUAGCUGGUUUGGCCGCAUCAGGAGCUCUAACCUCAGCAUUGAGGCUAAUAACAGUGGCAGCCUUUGAAAAAUAUCAAAAUGGUCUUCGAAAUGGAGUUAUGUUAUUUCUAGCAAUAUGCACCUUCUUUGAGUUUCUAUGCAUUCUGCUAUAUGCAUUUCUCUUCCCUAAACUGCCAAUAGUGAAGUACUUCCGCUCCAAGGCUGCCUUAGAAGGAUCGAAAACAGUUUCAUCUGACCUUGCAGCUGCUGGAAUCCAAACAAAAGUAGGCCAGGCUGAAGAUGAAGGUUUGCAACAGCAACGAUUGAGCGUUAAGCAACUAUUCUUCCAGAAUAUAGAUUAUGCACUUGACCUGUUUCUGAUAUAUGUGCUGACAUUGUCCAUUUUUCCUGGUUUCUUAUAUGAAAAUACUGGACAUCAUCAGUUAGGCGACACUUGGUACCCACUUGUUCUAAUCGCUUCAUACAAUGUGUGGGAUCUAAUAUCAAGAUACAUUCCACUUGUGGAAUGCCUGAAAUUGGAAUCAAGAAAGGGCCUUAUGAUUGCAAUUCUUGCUCGUUUCUUACUAGUUCCAGCGUUCUACUUCACUGCAAAAUAUGCAGAUCAGGGAUGGAUGAUCAUGCUCACCUCCUUCUUGGGACUCACAAAUGGUUAUCUAGCUGUGUGUGUCCUUACAGUAGCACCCAAAGGUUACAAGGGACCUGAGCAAAAUGCCUUGGGAAAUAUUCUUGUGUUAUGUCUAUUAGGUUGCAUAUUUGCUGGGGUUGCUCUGGAAUGGCUGUGGCUCAUCGGCAAAAAACAAGGCUUUUAAUAAGCAGAGUCUAUCUUGUUACUGUCAAGAAGUUGAUACAAGUUACAGAUUU